AUGGCUGCUGCAGGUGCCUCCCGUAUCGAGGAGAAAGUCGGAGCCAGGUCUCCAUCAGCCCUUCGUGGACUCGAGGACCAUAAUCGGCAGCCGCAGGAAGAGAUUGGGGCAGCUGACCGGCUCUCCGGACAGAGCGAUGCCUCCUUCGCAGCCGCAGAGCAGAACCGGCAGCAAGCAGCCGCAGGCAAGUUGAAGAAAACGGCCUUCAAGCUCUUCGGUGGGAAGAGGAGCAUCUGCUCGCUGCCCAGCUUCUUUGGAGGGAAAAACAAAGGCCAAGGGAAGGGAGCCUCUAAAAAGGGCCUGUGCAAGAGCAAAACUCACGAUGGCCUCAGUGAUGUGGGAUGUGAGGACGCUACUGGGGGGCGCCUCCGGAGCCCUUCGGACGGUGGCACGGACUUCCCCUCUCCCCAGCUGCCGAGCUCCCAGAGUGCUCUUUUGGCGACGGAGACCAGCCCUCAGGUUGUUUUCGUUGGGCGGUCGACUUCUCUGUGUGGGAGUUCCGACGUCUUUGAGAAGAAGCCCAGUGGAGAGAAACCCCUCUUCCUCCCGCGGCCUAAGAAAGGGCUGAAGGGGCUAUUCAACAGCAUUCAGCACCAUCGGAAGAGGACCGAGCUGCAAGAAUGGACUUCCAGGGGGGCCGUGGCCGAAGAGCGAGGCCAAGGAAGCCAGCAGGUGGGCGCUGAAACCGAGCAGGCUUCCGAGAAGACAGCUCUAAAAAGCAUGGUGCUUCCUCCAGAGCCCGGGGAGAACCUUCAUCAUCAAGCUGCUCCUGGAAUAAAGGCAAGCCUUGGUGAAUCUAAGGAGACGGACCAGCUGGUAGCUCAGGAAAACCAUUCCGAAGGGGAUGCGGGCACUGGGAUGGCGAGCUGCGAAGACACUCCAGAUGUUGAAUUGGAGGUGGGUGACACCCUCUGUGUAAGCUCUACCUACGAUGGCCUUCCAGAUGCUCUGCAGCCAGAGUACUUAGAUGGCGAUCCUCCUUCUGUCCCUUCUGGGGACCAGCUUAGCUUAAUAUUUGGAGAUGUGACUUCCCUUAAAAGCUUUGACUCUUUCACCGGCUGUGGAGACAUUAUCGCCGAGCCGGAUAUUGACAGUAUCACCGAAAGCUCCGCCUCUGCAGGGCGGAGUAGGGAUGCCACCAAAAGGAGUUCCUGCCUUGUCACUUACCAGGGUGGAGGGGAAGAGAUGGCUAUGCCUGAUGAUAUGGAGGAGUAUCUCCAGCAGGUGUGGGAAGGUGCCGCCAAAGGGGACGCCGCCACUUACGAGACCCACCUACCCGAGAUCGUGACAAACAGCGAGCUCCAGGGAGUGAACAGUUGCAAGCAGGGUCCUCACCUCCAUGCCGAAGGCACGAGGCAUGACGUGGACCUCCUCACGCCACACAGUGACCAACAAGAAUCUGCUCCCAACAGCGAUGAGGGUUACUAUGACUCAACCACCCCAGGUCCUGAGGAUGAAGCUGGAGAUGAAGAAAUCAAGAAGGAUCGCCUCCCAAGGGACAGCUACAGCGGUGACGCUCUUUACGAAUUUUAUGAGCCCGAUGACGGGCUCAUGAGUCCUUCUCAUGGGAACGAGUCCUGGUUUGACAGGAAAGCUUCCCCCUCCAAGACCUUUGGCCAGUUUUUGGACUUUACUCUCCCCGCAGAGAAGGAUUUGGUUCGGAUGAUGGGGCAGAAGAGCGGAGAGAUGGAAACAGAGGAGGAGAGGCUGGCUGCCAUUCAGAAGCAGCUUCUGUAUUGGGAGAUGCAGCGAGAGCCGGUCUUGAAGCACCUGGAUAUGCUCAGCCAGGACCAGCGUCCCAGGGAGAAGGAGUGCAGUGAAUGUAAAACGAGAAUGUCUGGCUUGGUUGGCAAAUGUCCAAGUUGCCUCGGUUGUGAGCGGGGUGCUCCUCACGCUUUGAGCAGAAGCCUCAACGCUGGCAUCUCAGCUGAAAACCAAGACUGGAGGGACUUGCAGGAGAUGCUGUGCCCCCAAAAACACUCUGAUGGCGGUUGUGCCCCCAAAGCCCAUGGCAGUUGCCUUAGCGAGUUUGUGAAAAAUGGCGUCAUGUUGGGUUCUGAUGUGGAGCAUACGGUGCUCGAGUCCUAUGCUUUGAGCAGCUUGGCCUUGGAAAAAUCUGUGACGUACCCUUUCUACCGAACACACGGCCGCCACAGUUGCCCACCGAGCGAGCAUCACGGCGGAACCGAACCUGACUUUCGAGAGUCCCGCACAGAAAGCAAAUGCGAGCCAGAGCAGGCUGUGAACUACUCUCAAGCGCUGGUGGAAUUCACUAGCAGCGGGACUCUCUUCUCCAGCCUCUCUGAAAGCCUCGGGAGCUCAGACUCUGGCUCCGCAUUCACUCAGAACCUUCCCGCCCUCCCGACUAUGGUCACGUUUGAUAUCGUCGAUGUUGAGCAGGAAGGCGAAGGGGAGUGUGAGCAGCACUUGGAGAUGAACACCGACGAGGAUAUUACUGUGUCCUUUGAGGCCUUUGACGAUAGCUAUGUCCCGAAAGAAUCCUUCGCUGAAUGUGAUGAGAGAAUGUUUCCUGGGUACCCGCAGAGCUCUUUCCAAAGCUGUAACUGGGGUGUCGCAAGCCUUCCCCGUUGUCUCCGGCUUCAGGAGCUGAGCCCACCCAUGCCAGAGCCAUUGUCCGUCUGCAGGAGAAGCCGGUCCCUGGACACUGAGAGUCUGGAGUUUGAGCUUGGAAGUUCUCAGCCAUCUAAGAAUGGCCUGAAGCCUUGUGAGCUUUGGCCUAAACGGGGCGGCUGCAAAAAGAACUCUGUUGCGCCGGGACUGAGCACUGGCCGGGAGAACCUUCCAAGUUCUGCAGAAGAAACGGAAGGCAGAGGCACCCUUCCUUGGCCAGGACUACGGAGUGCAUCCCGCGGUGCAGAUGAAUUUUCUUCUCAAGAAGCAAAACGGUGGGACUGCGAUCUGAAUGCACUGGGCUGCCAGAGCACACGGGAAGCAUUGGAACUGCCCGAUGCAGAGUUGCCUUUCACGUCUGUGCCGCAGAACUCUGUGAAGGAGACUGCUGGGAGACCUCAACACGAUGGGACCAAUAAUCCAGCGCCUCAGGUGCCGAGACUGAUGGCCAGGCCUUCUAAUCUCCCUCUGCAAGCUCCAGUCGAGUCGCAAGAAGUAUCCUCUACCUCCCGCAGGCAUUGCGGGGACAGCGUGGCUAAAAAGCUGGCUUGGGUGCUCCCUUUGGGAGAUAGCGGUGCUGAAUUACCUUCCAGCUUUGCGUUGGCCUGUUCCCCCAACAAGCCGGCUGCGUAUCAGCCUAUGGACAUGGUGGAAGGAGGGCCCCAGCUUCACUGCAGCAAUGGUGAGGCUGAGCAUUGCAGGAGCUCAAAGGACAACCUGCCGAAAGGGAGAGACGGGUGCUGGGACACACCCUCGGCUGGUUGUCAGAAUGUCACAAUGAAUGUAACGGCAGCCAAAUAG